UUGGAAACCGUGUACACAACACGCGUUCAGUUUGUCCCAUUCAUUUUACUUGGAGAAAGCUGACGAAAAUGGCUCUCCCAUUUCUACCGGGAAACACCUUCACAGAUCCUACGAAGAGAAGAUUUCACAGAUCACAGUCCUUGGGCUACAAGAAUGGUUAUGCUCUGGCCAACCGACCCGAGGUGGGCAUAGGGGGAGAGCCCCUGGAGGUCAACCAACUCUCACUGGCUGAACUGGAGGAACUCAACAACAAACGACCAACGCUGACCUACGGCCAAGCAAAGCAAGCCCCACCUGAAGAUUUCAUCCCUGCCCAUGUUGCAUUUGACAAGAAGGUGCUGAAAUUUGAUGCCUACUUCCAACAGACCGUCCAUGAAUCUAGGAAUGAAUAUUACCGGGUACGACCUGUCAUUAUUUAUUACUACUUGGAGGAUGACAGCAUCUCGGUGGUUGAACCUCAUGUCGAGAACAGCGGUAUGCCGCAGGGUAAGUUGAUCAAGCGUCAACGUCUGCCUAAGAACGACCAGGGGGACCACUGGCAUUGGAAAGAUCUGAACGUAGACAUCAAUGUGACAUUCUACGGCAAGGUCUUCCACAUCACGCAGUGUGACAAGUGGACGCAGGAAUACAUGGCCAGUGAAGGCAUUGAGCUUAACCCCCCUGGGGUCUUACCAUCUGACCCCUACAUCGAGUCUCGCAAGGAAUCGGCUGCUCUCCGCACCUACCAGACCAAGUCCACUUUUGACAAGCUCAAGCAGUUCCUGGACCUGGACCGAAAGGUGCUGCGUUUCUACAGUGUCUGGGACGAUCGUGAAAGCAUGUUCGGCGAGAUGCGACCAUACAUCAUCCAGUAUUAUCUGGUCAAUGACACCGUUGAGGUCCGGGAAGUCCAUGAGCCCAAUGAUGGUCGCGAUCCAUUCCCUCUUCUCCUCAAGCGUCAAAAGUUGCCGAAAGAUCGUUACAACGUCGAAUCGUCUUUCCCCGCUGUCGUCAUGGAGUUAUCUGACCACGAGAUCAAGCAAUGGUGUACACCCGAGGACUUCAUGAUCGGCAAGAGUGUCUUCAUCUAUAACCGGCCCUUCUUGAUCUAUGAUAUGGACGAGUUCACACGCGCCUGGAUGCACAACAGGUACGGCAUGCGUGACUUCACGCCGGUGGAGGUGACAGGACAGGCGAAGCAACUGCCGUCUCGGAAUCUUCCACCAUACAAUGGUUUUGGUUCCUUGGAAGAUUCCCUGCAGUCUUGCCUGUCUCUGGUACCCCAGCCACCCAAGAAAGACUUCAUCAAGAUGUUGGAGAAUGACCACAAGCAGCUACGCUUUGAAGCUGUGCUGGAUUCUGUCAAGCCUGAGGAUCGCGGUCGGCGUUUCAUCAUCUCUUACCGUCUCGCUGAUGACAUGGUCACCAUCUUUGAGCCCCCAGUCCGCAACUCUGGCAUCAUCAGCGGCAAGUUCCUGGAGCCGACCCGCGUGACCAAGCCAGCCUCCACGCCUGACAACCCCGAGUUCUAUGGCCCACAGGACAUGUACAUCGGCGCGAUCAUCCAGGUGUUCAGCCAUCGCUUCCUGAUCACCAACGCCGACAAUUACGUCCUAACCUACCUAGAGGCUCACCAGAGCGACUUCCCCGGGAGCGAGAGGACCAUCGAAUCCAUUCGCCUGAAGAGAUCACUCGGGGAGCCAGCGGCAAGAACUUCAGUCAAAGGUGCACCCAUGAAGAUCAAACGAAGUCCCGGUGACCUCAAGAACCUGAUCGAAGAAGUCAAAGCACAGCUGCGUAAGGACAACUACAUCAACUUCAACUCUCUGACGGAGGCAUUCCUUCAGUAUGAUCGUGACCGCUCCGGUUACGUUGACAUCGGAGAAGUUAAGAAGAUCUGUCAGAAGCAGAACCUUCCCCUGGAUGAUGAUCUAAUGGAAGCAUUGAUUGCCGAGUGUGGAGGAGACGAACAAGGAAGAAUAAAGCAUGCCGAGUUUAUGCGAUUCCUCACCUGGGAUUAGAACAGCCAACAAUGGCACAGUACUGGAUUGGGAACAGCCACUGCUAUAAAAUUGCAUCAGUCAUAAAGCAGAGGAUGCUUGACUUAAAGCAUCUGACGUAUGAUAACUAAAUUGAAGCUUGAUUUGUGGCAGACACUUGUUGCAUCAAGUUUAGAGUAACCGCACUUUCUCUGCAUUUAAUUUGGUGUUUUGCAUUGACACUCCAUCAAAAUGAGGAAUGCACUUUCAAAAAAAUCUUGUCAAAUUUUGUAGUUGAAACCAAGCCCUUAGUUCAGCUGUAAGACAGAGAUUAAGGCCACGCAGUCGUCAAGACUUAUUCUCAGAAAGGCAGCCUCUUAAGUUGGAAAUUAUCAGUAAAAACAUAUUAUCUGUAUUUGGCAGAACUUUGAGGUAACAUGGCAAACCCAGUCUGAUUUUACAAUAAUACCAUCAUUUCUAACCACAAUUAUCACAUGGUUGUCAAGUACAGAACAGCUCUGUCAACUUAUUCCUCAUUCUGACUGAGCAAAGCAUGCAUGCACCAGAAUUCGUGACCAUUUUCACAUUCAACUGGCUAAGAAAGAUCUACAUUGGUGGGAAAAGCUUUGUUGGAAAGAUUUUUUCCUCAAGUUUUGAGAAAGCUUGAGCAAAACAAAUCCAAAGUACAUGUACAAUUUCUUUCAAUGCAUUCGUAUACAGUACUCUUCACACGCUAGAAAAUACUGUAUUUUCAAAGUGCAGCAUGCGAGUCAAUAAAUUAUUUGGUGUGAAUUCUGCAUUUUUCUGCUAACAGCAAGGAUUCUAUUUCCAAGAGACGUCUGGAAUUCAAAUGAAAUGGUAUAAUAUUGUGGUUCCAUUGUUUAUAGUUUGUAAAUACAUGUAUUUUUAAGAAUGUUUUGAUGUUUUCCCCACUGUAUAAAAUGUCAGGAGUGUUCAAGAAAUAUUGUGUAAAGCUCUGAAAAAUUCAAAGUCUGUUUCAAAACCUACAAAAUGGAUUAAUUUUCAUAGUGAUUUGCACUCGCAUAACUUUCCGUCCAUUAUCACUUUCUAAUAAAUUCCGUCCACACUGUAUGGUCCAAAAGAAUGUGUGUUGCAAGAUACAAUAAAAAAUGGUUUACUUUGAAUUCAG